UUAGGUUUUGAUGAGAGUCGGUGACGAUCCCGGAUUCACCUUCCUUGCCAGCCGUCCUUCCUUUCUCCUCUCCUCGCCAUGGCGGUGGCGGGGCCAGGGUGCUGGGCGGGCCGGAUGAGGGCGGCGUUCGGGGCCGCCUUCCUCUGCCUCGUCUGCUUCAUCUACUUCAUCCAGGGUUUCAGGUCUUUUGCCUGGACUGCUGUCUCGUACCAAAUGAAGGACAUUAUGAAGCUAUCCCCCUCAGCAUCGCAGUUUUUGGUCUCCCUCGCAUAUUUCCCUUGGAGCAUAAAACCUAUAUAUGGGAUUUUGUCAGACUGCAUUCCAAUUAAGCAGAGGAAGCGUAUACCCUAUUUGAUCAUUUCUAGUUGUCUUUCACUAUUUCCAUGGCUUAUCCUUGGGUUAUCAGAAACUUUAAGGAGCUCAAGCAAUUUCCUUACUGCCUUGCUCAUAGUACAGAAUUUGGGAUCUGCCAUGGCAGAUGUUGUUAUAGAUGCAAUGGUUGCGGAAGCAGUUCGAUCAGCAGGGCCUGAAUUUGCUGGUGAUCUACAGUCAUUAUCAUGGUCUUCGAUGUCUUUAGGGGGGAUUUUUGGAAGCUUAUUGGGAGGAUAUGCGUUAUCCAAUCUUCCGAUACAUGUUAUAUAUGUUAUUUUCUCAGCCCUCCCGUUCUUUCAACUAGUUUCCUGCAUUUUUGUUGAGGAUUCUCCAAAAGGAUUCCAGAGUGCGGUUGAUGAACAUAAGUAUGUAGAUGAUCAAAGUGUUGUUAGUGCCUUUGCUGAAAAGGGCUCUAGUGAAUCAUUUAGAUAUGAGGGCACUAGAAGGCGAAAGGGAUCUCAUAAAACUAAUAAAAAGAGACCAUUGUUGAAACGAACUGAGGCUAAUGAGAAACACAAUAGAUCAAUUAAUUCAUGGCCAUGUUUGUCUCUGAGAUCAGCCUUCUUUAGUUUGUGCACAGUUUUUAAGCAGCCAACCAUUUUGCGACCUAUGGCAUGGUUUUUCUUUUCAAAAGUAACAAUUCCAAAUAUCUCCACAGUUAUGUUCUAUUAUCAAACAGAGAUGCUGCAUCUGGAUGCAUCCUUUCUAGGGACUGCACGUGUGAUUGGAUGGUUCAGUCUAAUGCUUGGCACAUAUAUCUACAACCACUAUUUUAAGCACAAGAAGCUCAGGAAUAUUCUUGUGUUUGCCCAUGUUGGUCUUGCCAUAGUUAGCCUACUGGACAUUAUUUUGGUGUCACGAUUACAUGUUCAGUAUGGAAUUGCCGAUAAGUACAUGGUGCUGUGGAGUUCUGCCUUGGCUGAUGCAAUCAAACAGUUCAAGAUGAUGCCGUUCUUAAUCCUCUCAGGACAGCUUUGCCCACCUGGGAUUGAGGGCACGCUGUUUGCUCUGUUCAUGUCCAUCAACAACCUUGGCUCGACACUAGGUUCAUUCCUGGGGGCUGCUCUGGUGUCAGCUUUGAACAUCUCAACGGCACAGUUUGACAAUCUUGCUGUCGGUUUGGGUGUACAGCUGAUUGGUACCCUCUUACCGAUUGGGUUGCUAUUUCUGAUCCCGAAGGAAGUUACAGGACUGGCAUCAUAGAUUGAGGGGUGUGGGCCUGAUCAUACCAUUUUAUUUCCCGGAAUGGUAUGUGUGCUCUGAUCCGAAUUCUGCUCAUACAUGAAAUACUUAAAGGAAGCAAAUUAAAACUAGUUGGAAGGUAGACAGUUUUAUUUGGGCAUUAGCAUUACCAAGCGGUGAGCAAAGGAAAAUUCAUGUUUGUUACCUGUGUAGAAAAUGUACCAGCGAGAACAUGCACAGAAGAGAAAGUGACAUUACUGACGAAAUAAUCUCAUCUCUGGAUGAUGAUGUCUUGGUUUUAAUUUCCUUCGCCGCAUCAUA